GGCUCUGGCUGCUCUGGGCCCAGCGUUCUGGCUUGGCCUUGGGUGCCCCAGAUGCCGUCAUGGGAAACGUGUGUGUGUGCGCGUGCGCUUGUGGGUGACAGGUGUGCACUGAUGGGGACCAUGAGCGUUUUUGUCCAGCUACCCAGAGGACUGUGGAGCCAGCACUGAGCUGGGGGAGAGAGUUUGAGGGGUGGAUCGUAAACGAGGACGUAGACUGUAUAAAGAUAAAAGCGGGGAGGAAAAUGAGGCAGAGUGGCGGCGAGGACGUGAGGAGGGCUUUCGCAGCCAGGGGAGUCAGGGAAGCCUUCCCCAAGGAGGUAACCUUUAAUCUGGAUUGGUGACUGGAUUGAAGGACGGGACCCAGCCAUGCAAACAUCUGAGUCAAAAGUGACAGCUGUGCAAAGGCCCUGCGGCAGUAACUGGUAUGGUCAUUUCAAGGAGCAGAGAAAGCUUUGGUGGUUCCUCAGUAAGUUCAACACAGGGUUACCACGUGACCCAGCAAUUUCACUCCUACGUAUACACUCAAGAGAAUUGUACGUGGAUAUUCACAGUAGCCAAAGGUUGAAACAACCCAAAUGCCCAUCUGCGGUGGAUAAAUACGUGUCCAUCCACACACUGGAAAAUUACUUGGCCAUAAAUAGGAGCGAGGCGCCCACACCGCCGCCCCGCGGACGGACCCCAAACACACGACGCUCAGGGAGGGAACCAGACACGAGAGGCCACGCGGGUCUCCUGUCCAAGUAUGACCCCCAGAAGGAGGCUGAGCUCCGUAGCUGGAUUGAGGGGCUCACCGGCCUCUCUGUCGGGCCUGACUUCCAGAAGGGCCUCAAAGACGGCGUUAUCUUGUGCACGCUCAUGAAUAAGCUCCAGCCGGGCUCCGUGCCGAAGAUCAACCGCUCCAUGCAGAACUGGCAUCAGCUGGAAAACCUCUCCAACUUCAUCAAGGCCAUGGUCAGCUACGGCAUGAACCCUGUGGACCUGUUUGAGGCCAACGACCUGUUUGAGAGCGGGAACAUGACGCAGGUGCAAGUGUCCCUCCUCGCCCUGGCCGGGAAGGCCAAGACAAAGGGGCUGCAGAGCGGCGUGGACAUCGGCGUCAAAUACUCAGAGAAGCAGGAACGCAACUUCGAUGACGCCACCAUGAAGGCGGGCCACUGCGUCAUUGGGCUCCAGAUGGGCACGAACAAGUGCGCCAGCCAGUCGGGCAUGACAGCUUACGGCACGAGAAGGCAUCUGUACGACCCCAAAAACCACAUCCUGCCACCCAUGGACCACUCGACCAUCAGCCUCCAGAUGGGCACCAACAAGUGUGCCAGCCAGGUGGGCAUGACGGCUCCCGGGACCCGGCGGCACAUCUACGACACCAAGCUGGGGACGGACAAGUGUGACAAUUCGUCCAUGUCCCUGCAGAUGGGCUACACUCAGGGUGCCAACCAGAGUGGCCAGGUGUUCGGCCUGGGCCGGCAGAUCUACGAUGCCAAGUACUGCCCGCAGGGCCCGGCGGCCGACGGGGCUGCGGGCGACGGGCCAGGCCCGGGGGAGGCCCCGGAAUACGCCCCCUACCGCCAGGAGGAAGCGGGCCACUGAGGCCCAAGCGGGGCACCUCCACACAUCACCCUGUCUGCUUUUUGGGUUUUUCUGUUUUCUCUUGUUUUUCUGCUUGCCUGCGCACUGCCCGCCGGGUGUCUGUGGGGAGGGGUGGAGCCACAUGCAGGUACUGGCGGUGGGCAGGGCGCCUGCCAGAGUUUCCCAAAAGGCUUUGGGCUGACCUGGGAGGGGGAGGUGUUGGGGGAAGAAACCUGGGCAGGGAGGGACCUGCCCCAAAUGGCUUCCGGUGGCCUCUCCCUCUCUUCCCUUUUCUUUGCCGAUCAGUUUGCGGUUUCUGUCACCAGAGAAGCUUCGGGUAGUUUUCAUGAAAGAAAAAUAACUUUUUUGCAGGGGAGUGGGGGCGGGGGGGCACGGUGGAAGGGGUUGCCGGAAGGAAGCAGGUCCCCUGGGAGAGGGUCUUGUGUGGACCUGGGUCUCCUUAGCACUCUCAGCGCCCCCCCCCAGGCUCCCCCAGAGACCUGGUGGAGAAACUGAGGCUCAGGCAGGACACAAAGCCAGGCCCGCCCCCACCCUUCCCUACGUGUCCCCAUUCCUCUGCCAAGUGCUGCACAGGGAUCCCCGCCCCGAGGCCCCCCCGGGGGACUGGCCCCCAUCCAGGAGCCCUGGGACCAAGAGAUAAUGUGAAAUGUCAACUGUGGACCAAAGGCAAUAAACAUCUCUUUUUAGGAAGAAA